AUGCUGAAGCUCAAGCGUAAGGAACGUCGCAUAGCUGCCUGGACGCAACUCCAGUCGGGACUAGCCGAAAAGCACCCAAGCAACUUGAAUCUCACACAGCAGCUGUACAAAUCAAAUGCAGAGCAGCUGCACCAGGAGCUCCGAUUCCUUUUGAUCAUAUGCGUGGUAUCCGGAAGUGCACCAUUUUCCGUCUUUCCCCGCUGUUCGAGUCGCUUUCACGAGUUCAUGCAGUAUUGCUGGUUAUUUCUGUUCUACAUUUGGCUCUGCUUCCUUGCCUACAUGGAGCUGAAUGAUUCAAGUAGUGAGCUGAAUAAUUUGGAGAGAAACUUUUAUAUAUUUGAGGCAAUUACCUACCUCAUGCACAUACCCUGCGUUGUGAUCGUUAGCCUGAGCUGGAAGCAACUCAUUGGCCAGGUGUUCGAGACGAUUGGCAAAUUUGACUUGACUAGUGGAUACAUUGUGAAGCGCAAGAAGAUCCGUCGCUUCGUGCACUUUCAACUCUUCCUGUUGUUCAUCUUCGUUAGCUGCGCCAUACCCAUUGUGUUUUUUAAUAGUGGUGUAACCGUUUGGAAAUCGAUCUGCAGUUGGCACACCUACAUCGUGCCCAACACCAUGACGGGCUUCUCUUUUGUGCUCUACUACACCUUGAUGGAGGGCAUCUGCCGUCGGCUGAAGCGCUUAGUUAAAGCUUUGCACGCGGAGCUUCAGCGUGGAGUGUCCAUGCGACGGGGUGCACUACAGGAAUUGCGCUGGCAACACCGAAAUCUUCUUCACUUCUAUAAAGCUCUCAAUCAGACUUAUGGCCUCUCGAUUUUGCUGCUCUACGCCAGCUCCUUGAUUAAUUUCAAUACGAACUUGUUCCUCUUCUAUAAAGCGAUUGAGAAUUCUAGUAAUGCACGCUGGAACUGGUGGUGCUAUAAUAAUUUAUUUCUGAUUAUGCAUACAUCCAAAAUGUUUUAUAUUCUUUAUUUUAAUAACAACGUGCAGCGGGAGCAAACCAACUGCCUAACGUUAUUGAGCACUGUUCAUGGCAUUAGCGGAGAUUUGAUUGAAACCAUAGAUCACUUUGUAUUGCAGUUGCAGGACAAUGUACGAGCUCAUGUGGCCUGCGAUCUUUUCGAAUUGGACUACAAACUUAUACCAGCGCUGCUGAUGAUCACCACCAGUUUAUUCAUAUUUCUACUCCAAUAUGAUGUGACCUUUCAAGCACUGGCUCAUGCUAACGAAGAAAGCCGUAAAAAAAUAUAGAGCAUUGCGCGCCAAACUUAUCGAUACUCUGUUGAUUGUUUGGCUAGUGUU